AUGGGUGUGAUGGAAACACUCGAUAAGAUAAAUAAUCAAAUUGAAGAUUGUUUCUCAUGUACAAGUUCAAAUAGAGAAAGUUGGGGCAAAUGUUCUUCUUUAGGAGGCAAUGAUGAAGAACCUUGUGCAGAUUUAAGGAUCAAUAACCUCCCUCAGAUCAAGAAGAAGAAAAAGAAGAAAGGUGAGACAGCUAACAAAAAGGGAAAGGGUGACAGGUUUGAGAAGUUGGAGGCUCUGAGUAGACGACUGCGGCAUUGCCUUCUAAAGGGAUCAAUCCAUUGAAAACACUAGUCCUCUUGA